AUGGCAAGCCCGUCACGCUCCGUCACGCUCUACAUGGCUAUAGAGAGGCCGCCACUUGGAAAGACAACCGAACAUGACAAACGAUCCGUCGCCAAGUUGCUAAAGUCUGUACAAGUUGUGGAUGACUUUGCGUGUGUUCGGGAGUGUACUCGCGCCGAGGGGUCGUGCACAUCCGUGAAUUUCUACAAAGACAAGGACUCUAAUGGCAAGCACCUUUGCGAGUUACUCACGGACAACAAGAAACAAUCACCGGCUGACAAAGAUCCUUUAAGCGUGGCAUCAUUAUUUUACCUUUUUCUACCUUUGCAGCUUCCGUCUUGUGCCGAGAUCCAAUCAGAACACCUUGCUCACACCAGCGGCAUAUUCCCCAUCGCCCUCACCCCCUGUCAUCCCCUCGACGUCUACUGCGACCUGGGCACUAGCGGAGGAGGCUGGACUGUCAUCCAGAGGCGCAUGGAUGGCUCGGUGGAUUUCUACCGUGGCUGGGACGAGUACAAGCGGGGGUUUGGUAACAAGGAUGGUGAGUUCUGGCUUGGCCUGGAUAAUAUCCACGCUAUGACGUCACAGAGGCGGUACCGUGUCCGCUUUGACUUGGAGGAUUUCGAGGGGAACACCAGCUACGCCGAGUACGAUGACUUUAGAGUUGGUGCUGAGGCAGCGAAGUACCAACUUGUUUCAAUUGGUACAUACUCAGGUACAGCCGGUGAUAGUCUCUUAUUCCACAAAGGCCGUUAUUUCUCGACGCCAGAUCGCGACAACGACGACUGGGGUCAUAGCUCUUGCGCAAAACAUUUUAAAGGUGCAUGGUGGUUCGGAUCAUGCUUAGAAAGUCAUCUGAACGGCCGUUACUACGUGACCACAUCUAACGCGGGGGCUGGAUAGGGCAUCAUGUGGAUGGGCUGGCAUGGUUAUGGAUACUCACUCAAGAAAUCAGAAAUCAAAGUGCGACCUUAUUAA